AUGAAAAAAAUUCAAGUUGCUUUUUUAAUCUUUUUAUUUUUCAUUUUUUCGGCAUAUAUCACCCCAUUGGCAUUUGCCCAUAAAGAUACAUGCACAAUAUGUGUUAAAUAUGCACAUUUAUUAAAAGAAAAAUCCCCAAGUAAAGAUAACAUAGACUCUCUUAUCAAAACAACCUGUAAACUUUUCCCAAAUAAGGAAAAAUGUGAAAAGUUUUUAGAAUCUAAUUCUGAAAAAAUUAUCAACAAUAUCGAUAAAGAUGAAAUUUCUUUAUGUGAUUACAUUGGGCUUUGUUGA